ACAUACUUGUGAUGACGUAAUCAUCCAGUUAUCGCGGUGUGGUGACGCACCGCCUUCAAAGCUUGAAGCAAGCGCUUCAGACGUCCACACCUUGCUUUGCGUUCACAUUGUUCAAACUCAAAGCUCAAACUUCCACAAUGGUGUCAAGGCCACCGUCGCCCACUUUAAGGACAGAGUUCCCGUCGACGGGGACAGCAUACUUUUCUGCACCCUUCGAACGUUUCAUACGAGACGAGACAGGCGCUUUCACCUUGCUAGAUACCAUGGAGACAUUCUUUGACUCUCGGCUGGACUUACUCCAGCGGCAGAUACAAAAGCACAGCGACAGAUUAAAGCUGAAGGCUGAGGAAGCUUUGAAAAAGCGCGUGCAAUCAGGCGAUCUGCUGGCAGAGAAUUUCGACCGCGAGGUCAAGAACUUCAAGCUGAAGAUUUCGGGCCGCAUGCAGAAUCUAGUGGAAUCAUGGCAUUCCGCCAAGGUGGUGAGGACUCGCGACAAAUUGUCAUUUUUCUUCGGCGUCAUGUCCCUCCUCGUGUCGGCGUUGUUGUUCGGCUUGGCUCCACAAUGGAUCCAUAUAUCAUACACAGUGCAGGGCUUAUAUCUCCUUCCUCUCCGUGCUUACACAUACAAGAAGCGAUCAUGGCAUUAUUUCCUUUUCGACCUCUGCUACUACGUCACCAUCCUCAACUGCAUCUACCUGUGGUUCUUGCCAUCAAACGCUGUGCUAUUCAUGGCUUGUUAUUGUUUAUCACAUGGCUCGCUGGCUAGUGCUGUUAUCACGUGGAGAAACAGCCUUGUUUUCCAUGACACAGAUAAAGUCACAUCGUUAUUCGUGCAUAUAUAUGCACCGUUUACGUUCACGGUGAUCCGGCACUUCUAUCCGAAUGCAGAAGACAGAUUCCCCGCGUUGAAGGCACUCCCAUACCUCGAUCCAGUCCGUGCUCUCCUUAUGAGCGGUGCUAUAUAUCUCUCCUGGCAGUUGAUGUAUUGGAAAUUUGUACUAGUAGACCGUCGAAGCAAGAUUGCAUCUGGCCAGCGAACGACGUCGUUUUCUUUCCUCCUGAAUGACAAGCGUAGUGCCAUUGGGCGAGCUUUGUCAAUGGUUCCUCCACAGUACCGCGAAUUCUCUUUCAUGGCGGGGCAACUCGUCUACUCUCUCCUGACUGAACUACCUGCGGUCUUUCUGUUGUAUGAUAGCCCUGUGUGGAGUGGAGCAUUCCUUAUCUCGAUAUUCUCUGUGAGCGUCUGGAACGGUGGGGGUUUCUAUAUCGAGGUAUUCGGUCGCAAGUUCGAGCGCGAAUUGGAGGCACUCCGAAAGGAGCUUGCAGAUAGCAGUAACAACAACACCAACAGCAGUCGCUCUGGCAGAUCAAGCCCCACAUUUACGGAUGUUGAAUCGAGUGCCAGUUCGCCAUUACUAAUGGUUCAGAGGUUGCCAGCUACUUCCCUAGACGAACUGCUCUCGGAAGCCGACUCUCCUGACAAGGAUAAGGAACAAUAGGCAUAAUGCCAACGGUUGUCCAAUUCUCCUGUAUUUCUCAGUGUUUCGGAAACGCUUUGGAACGCCACAUAUUGCGAUUCGUUGUG